UGUUUAGAUACCACAAACGUAUAUUUAUGUUUUGGUUUUUGUUUACUAGAAAGAUAAUUGUACAAUUUAAUUGUAUAUUGGUUGUAUAUAGUUUUAAUUAAUCUAUAUAGCGUAUUUAGUUGCAAGAAGUUGACGUUGAAGAAAUGAUGUGGUUGUUUGUGCAAUUGUUUUGAUGUCAUCAUCAAAUGUGUUUGGAUAACCCCAAAAUGUACUAUUAAACCACAAACCAACAAUCCACUUCAAACCACACAAAAUCUAACACAACAUAUAACUAAAAACCCACAAAAACAAACUUCAAAACAUAACCUCAAACUUGCUUGUUGGUACACAAACAACAUGCCCCACAUCACCUCCAAUCCCACAAUGUGCUAAACCAUCCACGACAACAUGUGACACAAGACUUGUCAGUCUUCGAUCCUCUCGAUCCUCUUGAUCCUCUGGAUCCUCUUGAUCUCCUUGAUCUUGUCAAUUCCCCGAUACAAAGUUUACACCCAGUGUGUGUUUAGUUUUUUUCGAAUCAAGAGGGAACACUAUAACAGUGGAAUGGUGUCUUUUCCAACGCUAAGUGGAACAGCAUGAAGGAGAUGGUAGGCGGGUGCUGUGUUUGUUCUGAUGAGAGGGGGUGGACAGAGAAUCCACUAGUUUACUGCGAUGGACAAGGGUGUACUGUUGCCGUACAUCAAGCCUGCUACGGAAUAGUGACCGUGCCGACUGGUCCCUGGUACUGUCGAAAAUGCGAGAGCCAGGAGAGGGCUGCCAGGGUCCGCUGCGAGCUGUGCCCUUCGAGGGACGGAGCCCUAAAACGGACCGACAAUGCUGGUUGGGCGCACGUCGUGUGCGCCCUCUACAUUCCAGAAGUCCGGUUCGGAAACGUGACGACGAUGGAGCCGAUCAUCCUGCAGCUGAUACCGCAGGAGAGAUUCAAUAAGACAUGUUACAUAUGUCAAGACAUGAGCAAAGGCACCAGAGCGAGUAUCGGUGCAUGUAUGCAGUGCAAUAAAUCGGGAUGUCGAAUGCAAUUCCAUGUAACCUGCGCUCAGGCCCUGGGUCUUCUGUGCGAAGAGGCUGGAAACUAUUUGGAUAACGUCAAAUAUUGCGGAUAUUGUCAGCAUCAUUAUAGCAAACUGAAGAAAGUUGGAAAUAUUAAGGUUAUACCUCCUUAUAAACCUGUGGCCACGGAGCAUAACUCGAGCGACAGCUCACCGGAGAAGGAGAUGGACUCGCAAAACGCAACGACCUCCAUUAUCCAAAACCCGACAAAUCAGUCCACAAAAACCAACGUGGUUGUGCCCACUAGUGCUGCUCCCAAGUUGGAUGCGCAGCCUUCGAAGAACACAAACAGAAAAUCUAUAUCUUCGAGCAGUGGGAAAAGUACGCAGAAUCCACCAAGCAGUUUGCCAGCAGGAACUGUAACCACUAAUUUAACAGGAGGAAGUACCGGGACAACAAAUCCACUGAUCUCCAAGAACGUUAUGGUUAACCUGAGCAAGGAUAAACAUAUAACGAAGUCGAUCAAAAGUGCAACAAAUCCAUCAAAAGUCUCAGACAAGGAUAAAAACAGCAAAUCCUCAAAGAUCUCAACAAGUUCCUCGAGCUCGAGUUCAUCAUCGUCCACAAAUAUCACAUCGAGUAAAUCCUCGAAGGAUACUCCCGAAGCUGAUCGCAAAACGCCGAACAUCUUAGAUAAACCGAGCGGCGAUAAAAUGGCUCCGAAGAAGGAACAGAAAGUCCUCCAGACCACUCAGGGGACCUUUUCAGAAGGCAAUAUUGUGGUCAACUCUGAGCAAGAUGUUAAGGUGAAUCAGGGUCAAUUGAAGAAACGGAAAGCUGACUCGAGGACUUCGACGCCCGUGCCUGAUAAUCAGGCUGGUGACAGUGUUGUGCCGACCAGUUGUAAUGUUAUUGUUACGCCGAUGGAUACUAGGGACGAUCCUCACAAAAAGAUAAAAACAGAACACAGCCCAUCUCCUCCCCUAGCCCAAGACGGUGCCGCAUACAACCAACUGAAAAUAAACACAAUGCUAGCUCCAGCAGUCCCAAAAACAGAAGUCAUAAGUCCCACACCUCCUCCACCAGUCUCGCAGCCCACAAGUAUCGUUGUAUCAGUCCCUUUGGCCACCGCCAGCCCGGCGAUGAGCCAGAUGACCACCAAUCUGUAUCAGCACAUAUCCAGAGAACAGCAAGGAGAGAUGAACAGGUUGAGUCCGGCGAAUGCGUUUCUGGAUAGGAGCAGUCCUAUGAAUCCUGCCGGAAUGGAACCGAGGGCGUCGAAUAGUCCUAACACUAUGCAGACUGUGCUGGCGCAAGGACACCAGAUCGGAGCUGUUGCCACGUUGGCUUCGCAGCAGUCGAUAGAAGAAAACCUUCAUCGAAAUGAAGGAGGUGGUGGCGGCGGAGGUCUAAAAAUUGGCUUUGAGAAACAAAUUAAAACCGAAGAUGCAAAAAGAUCCAGGUCAUCGAGAUCAACGCAUCCGACGCCGCCUCCGCCGGUGGUGGUGGCCAGUCCAAAUGUGCAAACGGGACACGUUCUGCAACAGAACAACAUUGUGAUGGGACUCACGCCUAAGGAGUCACCGAGCUCGAGUCCAAACCCCGACGACCAGCCGAAGAGGAAAGGAAGGAAACCUUUGGCGCAGAGUACAAGCCCACCGCCUGAUACUAAACCAGACAUAAAAUUAUUUCAAAAUGGAGUGCACGCCCCACACAUGUUGGGCAACCAGCUGAAUCCAAACAGUAACAUGGCACAGAAAAUGUCAGAUCAUUUAAAUCACGAACUAGAAGCUCAUAGUGUUUUUACAAGCGAUCCAGACACAAAUACAAGUAGUAAUCUUGUAGGACCACCUUUACUGAGACAUACGACAAGAUCUGGAAACACAAACAUGGCUGGUAAUAAUCCUGUCGGAAACUUGAUGUCAGGUGUUACGGGGACUGGGAAUACAUCGGCUGUUGUUCCACAAAGUUUAGAUCAGCUAUUGGAACGGCAGUGGGAGCAGGGGUCACAAUUUUUGAUGGAACAAGCUCAACACUUUGAUAUUGCUUCAUUACUAUCUUGUCUACAUCAACUGAGGACAGAAAAUGUUCGAUUGGAAGAUCAUGUUAACAAUUUAGUAACAAGGCGAGAUCAUUUAUUAGCAGUUAAUGCCAGAUUGGCGAUACCUUUGAAUCAACCUGCAGGACAACCAGCGACUUCUGUGUGCGAAUCUGCAGCUUCAGCAACGAGAGCAAUGAGGCCCAUGGAAAAUGGAAUAGUGUCACAAGAUAUUUAUAGGACACAACAGCAGACACAAGUCAGACAUUCACCUGCAAAUCAGUACCAGCAAAAUUCGGCGAACAUACAGCAGCAUGGUAAUAUAAGGACAACAUCGAGGGAUCAAGUCCGGACAAAUUACCAGCCGUAUUCCGUUGUCACAUCACAACAGCACCAAGUUGUGGUGAGAAGGGACGACAACCACGUCCAGGCUUCGCAAAAGCCUCCAAACUAGCACAAACUUAACGAGACUAAAUUAAUUAAUUGGAUCGAUCAUGUCGAAAAGCAUGGCUAUGGAAAUUCAAAUAAGACUUAUUAAGAACCUAGUAGCUGUUUAGGUAAACGUAAAUUUGUAGACUGAUUUGAUGACGAAUGCUUGAGGAAACUUUAACUUUGUGUGAAUGAUCAAUAAAUGUCGAAUAUCGGUUCACUGUAGUACUUAUGUAUGAAUCAUGUAAUUUCACCAAAAAAAUCAAACGAAUUGUAUAUAUUUAUGUUUCAAGUAAAAAGACAAAAUACGCGUGCGUGCGUGUGUGUGAGUGUUUUAUAGAUGCCAAAUUUGGAAAUUAGAAAAGAAAUUAUUUUACUAAUUCAUUUAUUUUUAAUCCGCUUCAUCUCAAAUUGUAAAUAAUAAUUUUUUUAACCAUGUACACGGAGUCAAGUAGGCAAUUUAUAAUGGAUAUACAUAUUUUUUUCGAUACGGUGUACAGACAGAUAUAAUUUAUUAUUAUAAUAAACAAACCACAUAUAAAUAAAAGUUGAUGUAUAAAAUAUAAAUAUGGAUGUGCAGUAAGAAUUUACUGAUUGAAAUAUCAAAGUUUUAUUUACUGUUUACUAGUCAAUAUUUUCCUUCAUAAAAUAACAAUCCAGCUAUUAUUUUCAUAUAAAAUAAUGCCUUAAUUGAAAAAAUACAGUUCA